CGGAGUAGAGGAAAAACUGCAGUGGAGGAUGAAGACAGUAUGGAUGGUUUGGAGGCAGCAGAAACAGAAAACACUGUGGAAACAGAAGUCAAAGAGCAAUCUGCAGAAGAGGAUGCCCAGGUGGAAGUGGACAGCACCAAGCAGCUAACACCCGUCCUUCAGCGCUCAGUAUCCGAGGAGUCUGCAAGCUCCACUGCCUCUGUUGGUGUCGAAGCUAAAACCAGCGAACAACUCUGCGCCUUUUGUUACUGUGGUGAACGGAGCUCGUUAGGACAAGGAGAUUUAAAGCAAUUCAGCCCAACUCCUGGGUAUGUCAUCCCAUGGAAGAACCAGCCUUUAAACAAGAGCGAUGCCAGCGACAGCGCCGAUGGAGCUUGUGAGAGGACUCCAAAGCAAAACUCAGUGCCGCGCAAACAGAGAGGGCAGAAGAAGUAAGUGUGUUUCACCAUA